AUGAAAACCAUCACUAUCGUCGGCGCAACAGGAAACCAAGGCCUCUCCGUCGCAGACGCCUUCCUCCCAGUACCCGACUGGCACGUCCGCUGCAUCACUAGGAAUCCCUCGUCUCCAAAGGCACAAACACUAGCCUCUCUCGGUGCCAAUUUCUGGGGGCCCUUCCAUGCCACGGGAAGCUACGAAGCGGCCUAUGAGCAAGAGAUACAACACGGCCGCAACGCCGCCAUCGCCGCCGCAACUGUGCCUACUCUGGAGCGUUUUAUCUACUCCACGUUGGCACCGAUGAAGAAGCACUCUAAUGGGAAGUACCCGCAUUCGUACCAUUGCGACGCCAAGGCGGAGAUCAUGGAGUUUAUUGAAACUCAGACGCCGGAACUAGCGCAGAAGACGUCCUACAUUAUCAUCGGUGCAUACGCGACCAAUCCUCUUUUCAUGCCGAGAUGGGAUCCAGACAGCCAGAAGUAUCAGUUCAUCGUGCCGCUCAAGAAAGACCAGAAGAUGCCGAUCAUCGCCGCGAGACAAUCCACCGGGGCUUUUGUCAAGGCACUGGUUGAUGAACCUCCACGGACGAGGUUGCUCGCGUAUGAUAGUGAACUAACUAUUGGGAACAUUGUGGAGGUUUGGACCAGGGCUACCGGGAUUGAGGCUGAGCUGGUUGAGGUGGAGGCUGUCAAGAUACAUGAGCAGCUUGGUAUUCCUUGGGAGGUCUUGGAUGCGUUUUUGUUUAUUGGGGAGUUUGGGUAUUCGGGUGGCAUUGAGGGUGUGAUUCAUCCAAGCCAGCUGAAGACGGAUCUGCAGACAGAAUCGUUCGAGGCGUGGUUGAAAAAGAGGAACUGGAAGGAGGUCUUGCAAGGGGGUGGGACGGAAUUGAAUAGUGUUGUAGGGAGUGCGCCGAGGCCGUGA